CAUUAUUUUUUCUCUCCUCCUCCCACCCCUGGGGGACCAUUCACCAGCUCUGGGUGGUUGGGGCCGGCUGGUCCAGUCUGGUUCCUCAGCAUAUAAAGCUGCCCCCAACAUCUUCAGCCUCUCCAACUUCCCCCCACCGCACACACACCCCAACACGCGGCCUACUUCUCCCCUCCUCCACAUCUUGGCAUCCCAGAACCCAGAGGGAGGCUUGCCAUGGCUGAGCUGCCAGCUCCCGAGGUCUCCGGGGAUCCUGCCCUGUGCAGCGGCCGGUUCACCAUCAGCACCCUGUUGGGGGGGGAGGAUGGGGGGCGACCCCACUACGGGCAGCCUGACCCACCCCCCGCCGCCUACGACACCACUCACAGCAGCACCUUCUACAUGCGGACUUUUGGCUACAACACCAUCGAUGUGGUGCCUGCCUAUGAGCACUAUGCCAACAGCGCCAUGCCUGGCGAAGCCAAGAAGGCCAGGCCCACCCUGGCCGACCUCCACUCGUUCCUCAAGGAAGGCAGCCACCUCCACUCCCUGGCCUUUGAGAGCCGGUCCAGCCACGAGAUGUCCGACGGGCUGGUAGAGGAUGGCAGCAGCGCGGCCGGGGAGAAGCCCCCAGGGGAGCCAGUGCGAUUCGGAUGGGUCAAGGGGGUGAUGAUCCGAUGCAUGCUCAACAUAUGGGGAGUGAUCUUGUACCUGCGUCUGCCCUGGAUCACAGCACAAGCUGGCAUUGUCUUGACAUGGGUCAUCAUCCUCCUCUCAGUGACAGUGACCACCAUCACUGGCCUCUCCAUCUCCGCCAUCUCCACCAAUGGCAAAGUCAAGUCAGGUGGCACCUACUUCCUCAUCUCAAGGAGUCUGGGCCCAGAACUGGGUGGCUCCAUCGGCCUCAUCUUUGCCUUUGCCAAUGCCGUUGCUGUGGCCAUGCACACUGUGGGCUUUGCUGAGACUGUAAGAGAUCUGAUCCAGGAGUACGGCUCUCCUAUAGUGGACCCUACCAACGACAUAAGAAUCGUCGGCGUGGUCACUGUCACAGUGCUAUUGGCUAUUUCCUUGGCUGGGAUGGAAUGGGAGUCGAAGGCCCAGGUGUUGUUCUUCCUGGUCAUCAUGGUCUCCUUUGCCAAUUACUUUGUGGGAACACUGAUUCCUCCAUCCGAGGAGAAGGCAUCAAAGGGCUUCUUCAGCUACAGGGGUGACAUUUUUGCCCAGAAUUUAGUGCCAGACUGGAGGGGCGUAGAUGGCAGCUUCUUUGGAAUGUUCUCAAUCUUCUUCCCAUCAGCCACUGGCAUCCUCGCAGGUGCCAACAUCUCUGGGGACUUAAAGGAUCCUGCUGUGGCAAUCCCCAAAGGCACUCUAAUGGCCAUAUUCUGGACUACAAUGUCCUAUCUAGCCAUCUCUGCUACUAUUGGCUCCUGUGUAGUUCGAGAUGCUUCUGGAGGCCUCAAUGAUACAGUGGUCCCUGGCUCCUCCGAUUGUGAAGGGCUGGCAUGUGGCUACGGCUGGAACUUCACUGAGUGUUCCCAAAAGCGCAACUGUCACUAUGGACUCAUUAAUUACUACCAGAGCAUGAGCAUGGUGUCUGGCUUUGCCCCCCUGAUCACUGCGGGCAUCUUUGGGGCCACCCUCUCUUCUGCCCUGGCCUGCCUGGUCUCUGCUGCCAAAGUCUUCCAGUGCCUGUGUGAAGACCAGCUCUACCCUCUCAUUGGCUUCUUUGGGAAGGGCUAUGGAAAAAACAAUGAGCCUGUCCGGGGUUAUCUCCUGAGCUACUUCAUUGCUGUGGCCUUCAUUCUCAUUGCUGAGCUCAACACCAUUGCCCCCAUCAUCUCCAACUUUUUCUUGUGCUCCUAUGCACUCAUCAACUUUAGCUGCUUCCAUGCCUCCAUCACCAAUUCUCCAGGAUGGAGACCCUCAUUUCACUACUACAACAAGUGGAUAGCCCUAUUUGGGGCAAUCAUCUCUGUGGUCAUCAUGUUCCUCCUCACCUGGUGGGCAGCCCUUAUCGCCAUUGCUGUGGUCAUCUUCUUGCUGUUAUAUGUGCUCUACAAGAAGCCAGAGGUGAACUGGGGAUCUUCAGUCCAAGCUGGCUCCUACAACAUGGCCCUGAGCUACUCAGUAGGACUUAAUGAAGUUGAAGAGCACAUUAAGAAUUACAGACCCCAGUGCCUGGUUCUCACUGGGCCACCCAAUUUCCGGCCAGCCCUGGUGGACUUUGUGGGCACAUUCACUAGGAACCUCAGCCUGAUGAUCUGUGGCCAUGUAAUCAUUGGACCUCGAAAACAGAGAAUGCCAGAGCUCCGACUUAUCUCCAACGGACACACAAAGUGGCUGAACAAAAGGAAGAUCAAGGCUUUCUACUCGGAUGUGAUCGCAGAGGACUUGAGGAGCGGAGUCCAGAUUCUAAUUCAGGCAUCCGGUCUUGGGAAGAUGAAGCCCAACAUUCUGGUGGUCGGAUACAAAAAGAACUGGCAGUCAGCUCAUCCAGCAACAGUGGAGGAUUACAUUGGGAUCCUACAUGAUGCUUUUGAUUUCAACUAUGGUGUGUGUGUGAUGAGGAUGAGAGAAGGUCUCAACAUCUCCGAAGUGAUGCAAGCCCACAUUAAUCCUGUAUUUGACCCUACUGAAGACCAGAAAGAAGCCAGAGCCAAUGGAGCUAGGCCGUCUGUCAGUGUAAACCCGGAAGUUCUGGUAGCUGAAGAACAAGCCAGCACAAUAUUUCAAUCUGAACAGGGCAAGAAGACCAUUGAUAUCUACUGGCUCUUUGAUGAUGGAGGGCUCACCCUCCUGAUUCCCUAUCUUCUUGGUCGAAAGAAGAGGUGGAACAAGUGUAAGAUUCGAGUGUUUGUUGGGGGCCAGAUCAACAGGAUGGAUGAAGAGAGAAAGGCGAUUAUUUCACUGCUGAGCAAGUUCCGUCUAGGAUUUCAUGAAGUUCAUGUUCUUCCUGACAUCAAUCAGAAGCCUCGACCAGAACACACCAAGCGGUUUGAGGACAUGAUCGCCCCAUUUCGGCUGAAUGAUGGCUUCAAGGAUGAGGCUACUGUUAAUGAGAUGCGACGUGAUUGUCCCUGGAAGAUCUCAGAUGAGGAAAUUAAUAAAAACAAAAUGAAGUCACUUCGGCAGGUGAGGCUGAAUGAGGUUCUGUUGGACUACUCCAGAGAUGCUGCUCUCAUAGUCAUAACCUUGCCAAUAGGAAGGAAGGGGAAAUGCCCAAGUUCCUUGUACAUGGCUUGGCUGGAGACACUCUCUCAGGAUCUGAGACCUCCUAUCAUCCUGACUAGAGGAAAUCAAGAAAAUGUUCUGACAUUUUACUGCCAAUAAGACCAGGAUGGAACUUCAACUCUUGCUACAACUGUCUUUGUAUGAGAACUGGCUGGUCCUCUUUCUCAGGCACUGAGGAUUUAUGUUCAUACAGCAGUUUAAGCAGAGACCAAUGACACCAUAAUAAGCAGAUUUCCAAGCACUGACUCAACUUUAUUUCCCUUAGCCAAUGUGUAUCUUAGAUCUUAUCUUAGAGCAAUGCUUCUUAACCUUUUUUGGGCCAGAGACAUCUUUCACCCGAAUGAGCUAUGGAUUUAAACAUAAAAUAUAUAGGAUUACAAAAUAAGCAAAUUAUAUUGAGAUGUAGUCAUCAAAAUAUUAAAGUCUAAGUUCACAAAUACUACAUCAAGAUUCUCUGCUAUAUGGUCUUCAUGGAUUAGGAAACUAUUAGAAGAUACCAAAUAAGAGGGGUAGGUGUGGUGUGGUAUGUGAAAAUAUCUUGAUCCACACUUUCUUUUUGAGGUUUUCUCUUGGUCAUCAUUAUAGCUAUUUUAAAUUUAUAACUUGUUUUCGGUGCAGAGAUCCUGAGUCAAAGUCCCAUGUGUGUUUGCUGGUAUUUUUUUUUAAAGUACUUUUCAAUUUAGUACUUCUGCUGUGGAAUCAGGAAAAGAUCAUCAGGACCACUCCCCAUUAUCCAAAAACUCUUAGAAGUUGGUGUUGUGGCAAUAAUGGUGGUCGUAAUGUUAAGAGAACUUGGGUUCAAAUCCCAAUCUAUCACUUACUACUUGAAUGGAUUUGCAGUCAUUUAACCUCUCUUGGAUUCAGUCUCUACACCUGUGAGAGGAGCCCAACUAAGUAACCUUUAAGAUGCCUUUCAGUUCUAAAUCAAUAUCCUGAACAAUUCUCUAAUAUUUCUCUAAUGAUCUUUCAUCCAAUGGAUUCUCACUUGGUUUUGUUCUGAUAUUGACUUAUUUUGGGAUAACAUCCCAGUUCAGUAUGAUGGCUUAAUCAUCGCCCAAAAAAAGAGGGAAGCUGCCUAUGAAACCUUGGUGGUAAUCAAGAAAUAAAAAGAAAAGAAACAGAGUAAUGGAGGAGACAAAGGAAAGGUAGCCUGAAAAUCAUGUGAUAAAAUAUGUAAGAACUAAUAGAAGGAAAAAUUGAGAUGUGUGACAAAAUUGGAAGAUGUGAGAGAUCUGGGAUAGGUUUAUGGUAUCUAUAUUGCAGAGGUGACAAAGUAGAAAAGAAGAGAGGAGGAAUAAAAGAAAAGAAAGUGACAAACAUAAGCGCAGUGAUGAGAGACCAAAGUUGACCCCAAAGAAGACUAGGUAAAGGGGCAAAGAAUUACCACCAAAUCCAAAAGAAUAAGAAAAGGAAUCAACACAGUGGUGAGAAGAGGGUAAAUUAUAGGAAUCAGAAGAAGAAAAGAGUUUAGAAAGAUGAAAAGAUGCAGACAGAGCAAAGGCAAUUGAAUAUGGCUCAAAGAAGGCCAAUAGAAACAGUAUAGUUACUUUCAAGCACAUAUUCACAUAUAUAUCAUAUGUGUAAUCAUAAGUAUAAGUAUGAUACAAGACAUGGGAUAUGAAGCAUAUGGUUGAAAAAGGCUUGAAUUAGAAGCCAGACUAGCUGGCAUUUACCAAUGGUCUGCCCUUAAAUAGCAGUAUGAUAUCAAGCAAGACAUUUUCCUUCUCUGGCCUUCAGUUUCCUCUUCUAAAAAGUAAGAGGUUUAAGCUAGGUAUUCUCUCAGAGUCUUUCAGUUUUAAGAUUUCAUGAUUCUAGGCAGCUAGGUGGCCCAAUGGAUAGAGCAUCAGCCCUGAAGUCAGGAGGAUCUGAGUUCAAAUUUGACAUUUCACAUUUCCUACCUGUAUGACCCUGGGCAAGUCACUUAACCCUAACUGCCUCAGCAAAAAAAUAAAAAUAAAUUUAAAAAUUCAUGAUUCUAUGAUCUAAUCAAAUAAUAAAGGGGGCAGCAUGGAACAGGGCUUAGAGUCAGGAAUACUGGGCACAUACUAGAUAUCAUGGCUAAAUCAUUCAAUGCCUCAAUGUCCAACAUUCAUCUCAAAGAAAUCAGUUCUCAAACUUUCAGGUCUUAGGACUUCUUUACACACUUUAAAAUUAUUAAGGACUCCCAGAGAGCUUUUGUUUAUGUGGGCUAUGUCUAUUGAUAAUUUACUUUAUUACAAAUUAAAAUACUUUAGCGUUAAUAAUAAAAAUAGUUUCAACUUCAAUGAUUUUCUGCACCAUAAAGUUGCCAAUUUAUAUCAGUGGAGGAAGAAAUUAUCACACUGGGAUUCCCUUACUCUAGAAAAGUCCAGAUGUUAAUCCUGCUCCUAAAAGAUAUGAUAUAAUGAGACUGAAUUGAUGAGUUGACCAUAUCAGUCAAUUAGUUGCCAUCCAGAUAACAUAAAAAAGGAAGUAGAGUGAUAUGAUUGAGGUCAAGUAUGAGUCUAAGUACCAAAUCCCUUCCAGCUUUAGAUUAUGAUCCUCUAAUCUUUUUCCUUCUUACCUGCUCAGUGACAGAAUAAGAAAUUUAUACAGGCAGAGAAUGGUGUAUAAAUUGCAUAACUAUUAUACCCUGUCACUUUCUCUGUGAAGACACAGUUCCUACUUAGCUGUGCAAAUCUCCCCUUCUGAGUUGAAGACCUGAAUUAUAUUAGAUCCUGCUAUUGACUCUUACUGCAUAGGUCAACAUUGUUUGGAUAUGUAGAUCCUGUUAUAAAAUCCUAGAGAGACAAAGGCAAGAAUCUCCAAAUCUGGAGGCAUAGAAAGGUUUGAAGCUGUUCAGAGGAAGAAUGAGGAAACUAUAGAACCAUUUGAAUAUUUCACUUGUGAAACUGGAUUUGAAUCACCACUCUGCCACUUAUAUCUGUGUGAUCUUGGACAUAAUAACUUCCCUAGUUUCAGCUUCCUCAUGGGUAAAAUUAGGGCAUUGCCCUUAGAAUUUCCUUGCAGUUCUAAAUUUAUAAUAUAUAUGUAUGUAUUGUAUAUUAUAUAUAUAUGUACACAUAUAUAUUUAUAAUCCUAUAAUCUUAAUAGGAGGUGAUUUUAUUGGUUGAUGAUAUCUCCUGUGAAUAGGCAUGGAAAAUGUACAUAGCCAUCACUGUAUAAUUGAGGAUAGGAGUUCUCAUUUAGUUCAUUUCCUUAAGGUAGACGUAAAGAGAGUGAGCAGAGAGACUACCCCUUUAGAACAGGCAGGGUUUUCUUUUAAGGUCUGUGGACAGAAACCAGGCCAUUAGCAAAUGCAUUAAUUCAAAUGCUGAGUGGAUUUAACAGCAUGCAAGUAAAACCUUGAUUUCAGGAUGAAAAACACAUAAACAUUUUAUUUUUUUCAACCAUUUGAAUUUUUUAAAAAAGUAAUCAUCACCUUCAUUGAAUUUAUAGUGAGAUGAAUAGUCAGGCUGAUGCAAGGGAGACCCGGAUGUAGAAGUAGAGGAGAGGUUCAAAUCCCACCUCUGAAGUGUAAUUGAAUUGUCUGACCUUGGGCAAAUCACUCUGUAUUCCAAUUUCCCAAAUUGUAAAAAUAAAGGGGUUUUUCUAGAAAA